UGAUCUAAAUGUGUUGAUAUUUUGACUAAUACUGAGUCUCACGUGUAAGCACGCGCAGCAUCGCAAUGAAUGUCCAGCGCGUGGCGCUAGAGCAACUCUCGGCGGUAACUAGAUUUGUGUUGACGGAAGUUCCCACAGAAGAAGAAACGCGCUGCGAUGGUUCGAGUGAAGUCCAGGUAUUUAUUGUGCGAAGUCAACGUCGAAGACCGGAGCCGCUUGUUUCAUCUGGAUGACCGAGCUGUUGCGGCGGCAGUGAAGGCAGCGGUGGCCCGCAUACACGGGGACUACGGGGCCGCUCUCUGCAGCAUCAGGUUCUCUGUAAAAUAUCUGAAUGCUCAUACUGGAAUAGUAUUCCUGCGUUUCCCCAAAAUGUGUUAUAGACUCCUCUGGUCUGCAUUGCCUUUCAUUACCUCUAUUGAAACUCGUGGGCAGAAAAUCCCAUGUUUUCUGAACUGCUUGCAUGUGGGAGGAACAAUGAGAACAUGUCAGAAGUUUCUGAUCCGAUACAACACCCAGCAGCUCCAUCAAAUGCUACCUAAAUGUAAAAAUGAAGAAGAAAAACAACAGGUGCAGAAAUCAAUACUGAACUGCACUCUUACAAGAAGAAACAGGGCAGAAGCAGAAGAUGAAUCCGAGAGUGAGGAAGAUGAAGAAGAGUGACUUCACAGCAUACAGCAAGGGACGGCGGCAGACGUCUUUUGUUACAGAACUUAAAUUAAGCAUUUGAAGAAAUCAGACCAAACUUUGUGGCAAUAUGGGUUAUACUGCAGCUUCUCAGAGCUUUUGUUUGUGAAGAAAAUUGACUGUAUGCCUGUUUUCAACUGAGGGACACAUUAGAUGAUGUUUGUCACCUACAUCGUUUGGGUUAGCAAAAUGGCCAAGUGUCACCAAAAAUAAAACUGCAAUUUCAUAGCACAAACUAAGACUAUGGCCUAAGAAAUAAAAAUAGUUCAUGUUUCAGUGACAUAUUUUGUAUUUAUACGAUGUAUUAUGGUCAUGCGCAUUUUGUUUACCAAUUAAAAUAUUGUUUUUGAAUA